UCGUCUCGGACUCGGCUCGAACGCGAGGCAGCACUGCAGCAGGGCGAGAAAAAAAGGGCGACCGGCGGAAAAUAUCUGCGGGCCGGCGUUGCGAGAUGUCGUCGGCGAUGUCCCGCGCGAUCCGGGCCUGCGCGGCCGGCGCCGCGGCGUCGAGGAGGGGCCUGGCGUCCGUGGAGGCGAUGGGGGCGGCCAAGGGGGCGCCGCCCGCGGCGGGGCGAUGGGCCGGGCGCGGGCGCGGCGGCCCGGGCCCCAUGGAGGACGGAGCACGCGUGCAGUGGGUGUUCCUGGGAUGCCCCGGGGUCGGCAAGGGCACCUACGCCGGCCGCCUCUCGCGGCUCCUCGGCGUGCCCCACAUAGCCACCGGCGACCUCGUCCGCGACGAGCUCGCCUCCUCAGGCCCCCUCUCCAAGCAGCUUUCGGAGAUUGUGAAUCAUGGAAAACUGGUGUCUGACGAGAUCAUCAUAAAUCUGCUGUCAAAGCGCCUUGAGGAGGGAGGCGAGAAGGGUGAAUUAGGGUUCAUACUUGAUGGUUUUCCAAGAACUAUAAGACAAGCGGAAAUACUGGAGGGAGUCACAGAUAUUGAUUUGGUGAUCAAUCUCAAACUUCGUGAAGAGGCUCUGCUUGCAAAAUGCAUUGGUAGAAGGAAGUGCAGCCAGUGUGGAGGAAACUUCAAUGUGGCCUCCAUUGACAUUGAGGGUGAGAAUGGGGGGCCUCGAAUGUGUAUGCCUCCACUACUACCUCCUCCACAGUGCGAAUCAAAGUUAAUUACCAGAGCCGAUGAUACUGAAGAGGUGGUAAAGGAGCGGUUGCGUGUUUACCAUGAUUUGUGUGAACCAGUGGAGGAUUUCUACAGAGCACGGGGGAAACUCUUGGAGUUCAACUUACCGGGAGGUAUCCCCGAAUCAUGGCCAAAGCUGCUCCAAGCUUUGAAUAUAGAAGAAGAUCCUGAUAACAAUAGAUCUGCAGCAGCAUAAUUUUGUGAGUGUCAGAAAUGCGUAUUAUGUAUUUGUAGCCUAUGUCAAACAUAGUUACCCGAUAAGCAUUACUGGCAUCUCUAGAAAGUAGUUCAUUCAGGGCCAUUAUUUGAUCUGGCACUCAAGAUUUGUAUAGCUGAUUGAUCAUCGAUCGCUCAAGUUCGAUGGGGGUGUGCUAGUUGUAUUCUUAAAGGUGUAGCCUCUUAUGUCUCAAAGGUCAGAUGAUAAAUAACCGACAGUUGGCGGUUGGAGUCCGCUGAUAAAGGUUGUUGAAACAAGCAUGCUGCAAACAUUAUUUUGAAAGCAUUAUGCAUGCAGAUAAAUAUUUUUGUGGUA